AGCGUAACGAAGGCCAAAAAAUGUUGUCAGCCUUUCGCCCUUUGCUCCAAACCUAAUUGUGGUCAAAUUGUUGAAAGAUCCAAAAAUGAAGGCCCCGCUCUUCAUCUUAUGUUUGGCUUUCCUUUUCUUGGAAGAGAUCCAGACCAGUGCUGUGAUUGAAUCUCACAAUGGAGUUACAUGGAGCUUUGAAGCCAUUGGCAAGGGUCAAAUCCGCUUUGUAAUCACAGCCACAAACAUCGACAACUCAACUUGGUUUGGAGUGGGCAUUUCCAAUUCCAAUAAUGUGAGCCAAGGAUACCAAGCUUUCAAAGGAUCGACAACCCAGGAGAGUUUUGUCAAAACAGUCCACAAAAACCACUCAGAGGUCACAGUUGACGAGCACUCUAGCUCUGGAUUUUCUAUUGACUCUUAUUCGGUCAAUGGAACCACUGUUGUCGCUAAUUUCACCACGGAUAACUUGCAAAGUUUGGGGACAACUCUCUACGUUCUCUUUUUGGGCAUUGGGAAUGUCAAUGAAAACGGGACUUAUGAAUUAUCCACCACAGAUCCAAUCGCCAGCUCUGCCAUAACUUUAGUGACCCGAGAAUUCGCCAACGAUAUCGAAAAACCACCUCCAAAACCGUGUGUGUUCAUCAGCUCUGCAAACUUGACUCUGAAUAUAUCUCGGACAAUUUCUGAGCGCUGUAGAGAUGCAACUUGGAUGAAGACUAUCACAGUGGGAUCAAAAAAGGGUUUGAAUCUGGACAAUCGAAGGUGCGGUGUUAGAAAUGCGGAUGAUCAAACCAAAGCUCAAACCAGUGAGAUUUGUUAUUCUGCUCAGGGUGACGGUGUAGUUUUGACGUUUGAACACCAAAUUCGCGUCAUGAAUAUCAAUUUUACCCAAGCAUUCGGAGAUUUUAGAAAGUCUCUGUUUCGAGGGCGCAAGCGUCGAAUCGAGCUUGAGAUGUCCGAACAUUUUUUGGAUCGCAAUGAGACGACGAAUCCAUUCGUGGAUUGGGACUUUGAAAAAGUGUUUGUCUUCGAGUUCAGAGCAGCGCCGAACAAGGUUGGUUUCAUUGCAAGUGCAUUCGUUCAAUUUGGACCAAGAGCCAUGGGAAAAAAAUUGACGGAUUACAAAGAGGCGUGGAACCAAUGGGGCUUAAAAUCUCUCGGCAAAUUCAUUCUGGAUAAUAAUACUGAGGUCAUCUCUGAUGCGAAGAGGUGCCCAGCUUUGGCAUCUUUACAAAAAUCUGUACCUACAACGAUUUGGUCUGCAUCCGGCCUAAAUGGAACAAGACGCAUUCAAAUAGGCCAAACCGUGGACUUCGUUUGUCCAUUAGAAAGGAAAUUCAGUUUUGACAAUGACAGCUUCUUCGAGAACGACGACAAGUACACAGUUUUAUGCACUACCCUACAACAAUACACGGCCAUGGAGGAGCCUGCUUGGUGGCCUAAAUGUGUCAAGUCGUGUUGGAUGAGGCUGCCAACGCCGCCGGAAUAUUCCGGAUUAGAGCCCAUUAUCCCGGAUAAUACCAUCCCAGUGGGUCAAUACGGACAGUACAAGUGUAAAAAUGAGUCCUUGGGGGUGGAACGCGGAGCCACGAUUCAUUAUAGAGUGAAAUGCUUGACGUCACAGCGAUACUGGACACCAGGAGAAAACAAUUGGCCUGUAUGUCAUCACAGAACUACCACGGUUUCGCCUGCGAUCCGAAUGGCCUUCGACAUUCAAUCUGAACGACGAAUCAACGAACUGAACGAUAAAAACAAGGCUUAUCAGUGGAGGGAAGGCGAUGAACAUUACGUGAAACCUCUUCGAGAGGAUCAUUUCACCCAAAUGACCCUGCCUGCUGCCCUUGGUUUGCUGGUCAUUGUGUUCUGCUGCUGCUUUUGCACUCAUCGAAACAGUCCCUGUUGCUCAAUUUGCGAGGACAAGACAAAACGAAAGAAGUACAUGGUCCCCCUCAAACCAGAGCGACCUCUAACGGCAUAAAAUUUAUACUGCGAGUCGUCAAGACCCUAGUACUUUUUUGGAGUAAUGUGUGAAUGGUAUCAUGUAGAAAAAUGACAAAUUAACACAUAUGUACAUUGGA